CCCAGGUGAAUCACUGUCUGCGUCCCGGGCGCCCCAGCUGCUCCGGAGCCAGGAAGUGAGCGGAGCGCGCUCACCUACCCUGGCAUGUGAGUCAUUCCCAGGAAUGAGAAAGCCAGUCGCUCCAGUUGCUCCUGGCCAGGGGAAUUUUGACUCUCCGAUCAGGUAUCACCAAAAAAAAAAGCCUUCGGAAGCCCAAAAAUCCUGCUGCCAGACAUGGUUCGUUCGGCUGCCCUGUCCCAGGAAAUACCCUCCUGCCUACUGUAGCUCCAGGACGCGUUCUGCAGGAGUCUGAGGCACUUUGGGGAUGCAGCUCCGAGACGCGUGGAAGGCGACGAUGGUGACAGAACAUCAUCCUGGCACAGGCCCCGCUGCAUCCCAGAUCCACGGCUGUCAGUGGGACUCCUGAAGAGCAUUCCAGCUGAAAACCUACAGCAACGCAAAGGAUGGGGUACAAUUUGUCCUAUGGAAAACUGCCAGACAAUCACCUCAGCCCGGACAACAGCAGCUCGCCCAACGCCAGCUCCCGCGGGCGCUCCGCGCAGGACGAGUUCACCACCAUCGUGCUGCCUGUGCUGUACCUCGUCAUCUUCCUGGCCAGCCUCCUGCUCAACGGCCUCGCAGUGUGGAUCUUCUUCCACAUCAGGAACAAAACCAGCUUUAUAUUUUACCUCAAGAACAUUGUGGUGGCAGACCUGCUCAUGACGCUGACGUUCCCGUUCAAGAUCAUCCAGGACUCGCAGCUGGGGCCGUGGCACUUCAACUCCUUCCUGUGCCGCUACACCACGGUGCUGUUCUACGCCAACAUGUACACCACCAUCGUCUUCCUGGGGCUCAUCAGCAUCGACCGCUACCUGAAGGUGGUGAAGCCCUUUGGAGACUCCAGAAUGUACAGCAUCACCUUCACCAAGAUCCUGUCGGCCUGCGUCUGGGUGGUGAUGGCCUUCCUGGCGCUGCCAAACCUGAUCCUCACCAACGGCUACCCCACCAAGAGAAACGUGGACGACUGCCUGAAGCUGAAGUCUCCCCUGGGAGUCAAGUGGCACUCGGCCGUCGUCUACAUCAACACCUGCAUGUUCGUGGUGGUGCUGGUCGUGCUGAUAGGGUGCUACAUUGCCAUUUCCAGGUACAUCUAUAAAUCCAGCAAACAGUUCAUUAGCUCGUCCAGCCGAAAGCGGAAGCACAACCAGAGCAUAAGGGUGGUCGUGGCUGUGUUCUUCACCUGCUUUCUGCCCUACCAUUUGUGCCGAAUACCCUUCACUUUUAGUCAUCUGGACAAAAUUUUAGAUGACUCUGCACAUAGAAUCUUGUAUUAUUGUAAGGAAAUGACACUGUUCCUGUCCGCAUGCAAUGUCUGUCUGGAUCCAAUCAUUUAUUUUUUCAUGUGUCGAUCAUUCUCACGAAGGCUGUUCAGGAAAUCCAACAUGAGAACCAGGAGCGAGAGCAUCAGGUCCCUCCAGAGCGUCAGGAGAUCAGAGGUGCGCAUCUACCACGAGUACACUGACGUCUGAAGGCACCCACAGAGACUCUGCUGACUUGUGAGAGUGCUUGUAUAUCAUGUAAAUAAAAUGUCUCUUUAAUAUCUGA